GGCGCAUGCGCAGAGCUGCCCUUCUGCUCAGCUAGCACCGGGUUCGAGGCCCGCGCUCGGCAGAAAGGGGUGAUGGCUGGCUCGGGGGUGCGGACGGUGCUGGGCACGAUGGAGUUCGGGAGGAGGGCCAGCAAGGAGGCCAGCGCCGAGAUGCUGAGGGCCUUUCUCGCCCGCGGGCACCGGGAGCUCGACUCCGCCGCCAUGUACGCCCAGGGCCAGACUGAGAGCAUCCUGGGGGCCCUCCUGGGCACAGAGAAGGAGGUGUUGGUGGCCACCAAGGCCAACCCGUGGCAGGGCCAGCGGCUGACGGCGGAGGGUCUUCGCUCCCAGCUGGAGGCCUCCCUGGCACGGCUGAAGACCCCCAGCGUGGCCCUCUUCUACCUCCACGCCCCGGACCACCAGGCCCCACUCCUGGAGACCCUUGCCACCUGCAACCAGCUCCACAAAGAGGGCAAGUUCCAGGAGCUGGGCCUCUCCAACUACGCCGCUUGGCAAGUGGCCGAGAUCUACACGCUUUGCAAAGCCAACCACUGGGUCCUUCCUUCCGUCUAUCAGGGCAUGUACAACGCCACCACCCGCCAAGUCGAGACUGAGCUGCUGCCCUGCCUCCGGCACUUUGGGAUCCGCUUCUACGCCUACAACCCCCUGGCAGGAGGCCUCCUGACCGGGAAGUACAAGUACGAGGACUUGUCUCUGCAGCCGGAAGGGCGCUUCUUUGGUAACGACUGGGCCCAGACCUACCGGGACAGGUAUUGGAAGAAGCACCACUUUGAGGGGAUCGCCCUGGUGGAAGGCGCCCUCCGCGAAGCCUACGCCUCGGAGGAGACCCCCAGCCUCACCUCGGCCGCCCUCCGCUGGAUCUACCACCACUCCCAGCUGCAGGGCGGCCUGGGGGACGCGGUGAUCCUGGGGGCGUCCAGCCUGGAGCAGCUGCAGCAGAACCUACAAUACGCCGAGGAAGGGCCCCUGGAGCCCAAAGUGGUGGCGGCCUUUGAGCAAGCCUGGCGCCUCUCCACCCACGACUGCCCCAACUACUUCCGCUGACCGCAGGUCCCAUGAGCCACACACUCUCCGAUUGCCCUCCCUUUGAGCUUCCAGAUCCUGCACCAGUUUUGCCUUAAAUCAAUUAGUGGUGGUGGUCUUACCAUCACGCACUUUUUCUGUACUGGGGAUGAUGGGAAAGGGAAUCAAGGCCCCACACUGGGCUGAGAUUUAAAUUUUGUCCUCCUUUGAUCAAAUACUAAAUAGUUUGUGUUGAAA